CAAACUAGCCGAACAAAGUUCAUUUUUUUUCUCCAUAGACUUAUUUCGGUUUAGGGUUCAUCCGAGUUAUUAAUUUCCUGAAAAGUUUCGUCAUGCAGGUUGAGGAUAAGACCCCCAAACGAUAACUUUCCGUUCCCUUUCCACGUCGUGCCGAAGAGAGAAACUUCUAGAAUCGGUCUUUUGUCGAUUGUGAAUUCCGGGCGACAGCUACAAGCCUGUAUACUUCUCCACAGCACGCGUGACAAGUUUAUCUAAGAGUGCCGAGAACCGGUCGCUCGAAGACAGCAAUAAUCAUAGGAAAUAAUCUCAGCUGAGAGCGGAAAUUCAACCACGCGGAACCUAACUCCUCGCCAUGAUGGCCUUGCGCUGUAGUUCGGAUUAUCAAGGAUCCGGAACUAAAGGGUACAAUUUAGACCGUGAACAUGGAGAGCUCCUGAACAUACUCAAUGGCAUUAUGAUCAAGACACAAAUGAUAUUUGAGCAUAUGAAGGGCAUUUCUAGCCAAUUCCACGACCCAGUGAAGAAAAUCGAUUGUGUAAGUAAGGCACUGCAGCACCAGUUUUUUAUGAUGCCAAAGGCCGGGUUUUCUGCGUAUGGCCUCCCGGAAUAUAGCCAAGAGGAUUCCGCUGCUGAGGUGGUACCCAUAGCGAGAAUUCGAGAACUUGUCCUCAACAUCAAGAAUCUGACGAGAGAACUAGGAAAGCCCAUUGUUGUUCUGCAGAAGCUGAUCUCUGAGAUGCAGACUUUCUCCGAGAAGAGCUUCAUUAAAAAGUAUCGGGGAUAUCGCGUGAACAUCGUUCGAGGCUUCGCAGAGAAGCUGAGAUCUAUAAAUACCAAGUCUCUCAAACCAGUUAGUACGCUGCAGGAUUUGGUCAGUAGAUUCCAAGAACUGACCGACAACAUGCAGAUAUACAUGAUCGCAAAUGUUCAAAAGCAGAGAAUGAACAUUCUGUUUACUGUGGUCAAAAGUCUGCGGAAAACAAGCGAGAUGGUGGUGCGGCUGAAUCAGCUGGUGAAAACCCUCCCCUACAAGCUAAACUGGUUUGCCUGCAAGUGCCAAGCCUUUAUCCUUAUGCAUCAGUACUAUAAUGACGAAUCGAGCGUCACCACGGAAGACGAAGGCGAAGACAAGUGCGACCAUGCGGACAAGUGGGUCUGGACCAAAUCGAGACUCGCUAUUACGGCUAAAUUCAGACCCAUGGCGGCCAAUCCUUCAUUAGAGAAGUGUACACAUUGCGUAUACCCGAUGUGAGCCUACUCCAGGAAUUAUUGAUUAUUUGUAAAUAAUCAAUACAUAUAUAUAUAUAUUUUUUUUUACGUUUCGAUUGUCAAAAAGGAAUUUUUGUUAGGAAUAUAUUGUAUGUUCGACAAAUGAAUGUAUCAGUUAUAAAAAGAAAAAGUUUCGCUUUGACUAAUCAUAUGUUCCAUAAUGUGGAAGAAAUAUUUUCCUUGUAAUUUCCUUUAAAAGACUGACGUUUUGAAGUUUAUUCAAAGUACUCUGGAUUAUGAUUUCAACCUGUUACUUUUGCUACCAUUACAAGUUUUAGAGACACGAGGUAAUUACACAUUAACAGUAGAAAUAAAAGAAUGGAAAUGAUCGUGACUGGGAUUCAUUUGGAAGAUAGAAAGGCCAGGUAUAUUACAGCAAAGGAAAAAAUAAUCGUAUUUGUUAAGUGGGAAUAACUUUGCUCACGAUAAACUGUUAGAUAAUAGUGAAGUUUUGUGUUGCAUUUGCCGUUCCCAGGUAGAUUUGUUUUUGUUUUAGGAAACCCUUUUUUUGUGUGUGAAAUAAGUCACUAAUAUAUGCGGUUUUUAUCCAAUCCAUUACAUUAAUAUAAUGGAUUUGUGACUAUUGACACUACUGUGAGAUUUUCAGAGAUUAAAAGAGUGAUAAGGUUAUGUUAUAUUUACUGAUUGUGUUACUGUCUGUCCUUUCUCGAAAAUGAGAGGGAAAAAAAGCUGUACAAAUCAUACUUAAUACAAAUUGAUUAAUAAGGGUA